AUGAAAGAUGGGUUUAAAAUUCUACAGGUCGGUGGGGCUAGUGAGGCAGAAGUUGGGGAACGGAAAGAUAGGGUAACUGAUGCUUUAAAUGCCACAAAAGCAGCUGUGGAGGAGGGUAUUGUUCCAGGUGGCAGAGUUGCUCUCUUAUAUGCUAGCAAAGUCUUGGAGAAUCUUGAAACUAAAAACGAGGAUGAGAGAAGAGGAGUACAGAUUAUUCAGUACGCACUCAAGGCACCUACAUUUACAAUAGCUGCAAAUGCUGGUUUUGAUGGUUCUUUAGUUUAUAGCAAAUUGUUGGAACAAGAUAAUCUUAAUUUGGGUUUCGAUGCUGCUAAAGGAACUUAUGUUGAUAUGGUGAAGGCUGGAAUUAUAGAUCCUGUUAAAGUUGUUAGAACAACUUUGGUAGAUGCUGCCAGUGUAUCGUUGUUACUGACGACAACCGAAGCACCUAUAGUAGAAAAUAUGAGUAACAAAAACAAACCUCCUCAAAGGGUUGCGGAUAUGGAUGAUUUGGACUACUAA